CGUGUGCGGGGGCCGGGGCGCAGAGCAUCGCUCGGGCUCGCUGCUGUCGCCGGCUCUGUCCCCGCUCCCGUGUCGCCUCCCUCGCCGGCUGCCCCUUCCUUCCCACGGACAUGUCGUCGCCGUCGUCCGGAGAGCGGUACGAGGAAGAGGAGGAGGAGGAGGAGGAGGACGGCGCCUACGAGAGCCAGGCCAAGCGGCUGAAGCCUAGUGCCGCUGCCGAGGAAGGCGAGAUCGAGUACAGCGGCGCGGAGGACGGCGAGGGCCGGCGGGACAAACCCCCCGCGUCGCGCGGCGGCGGCGGCGGCUUCUCGGGCGGGGAUGCUGGGGGAAGUCAUCACAAAGUCUCUGUCUCUCCUGUCGUCCAUGUCCGAGGGCUCUGUGAGUCUGUGGUGGAAGCAGAUCUCGUGGAAGCUCUUGAGAAAUUUGGAACCAUAUGCUAUGUCAUGAUGAUGCCGUUCAAGCGCCAGGCUCUGGUGGAGUUUGAAAACGUGGAGAGUGCAAAGAAAUGUGUGACCUUUGCAGCAGAUGAACCUGUGUACAUUGCUGGGCAGCAGGCCUUCUUCAACUACUCCACAAGCAAGAGGAUCACUCGGCCAGGGAACACUGAUGACCCAUCUGGUGGGAAUAAAGUUCUCCUGUUGUCAAUUCAGAAUCCUCUCUACCCAAUUACAGUGGAUGUUUUGUACACUGUGUGCAACCCGGUUGGAAAAGUUCAGCGCAUUGUUAUUUUCAAGAGAAAUGGAAUACAAGCCAUGGUUGAGUUUGAAUCUGUGUUUUGUGCCCAGAAGGCAAAGGCUGCACUCAAUGGAGCAGAUAUCUAUGCAGGAUGCUGCACACUAAAAAUCGAAUAUGCAAGGCCAACUCGACUUAAUGUCAUUAGGAACGACAACGAUAGUUGGGACUACACUAAGCCAUAUCUGGGCCGCCGAGGUAGGUUGUGAUCCAUUCUCACUGUAGCUGUUUGACUGUACUAAUGGCAGCCCUUCAGACGUGGUCAGGCUGGGUGGCAGCAGUCCUUCCAAAGCAGGCCAGUGCUGCUGGAGGCUGUGCCACCGCAGGGAGUUAACCCUGAGCCCUAGUGCCCCCUACUGCCGUGUGCUUGAGCCAUUUAGUGCAACAAGGAGCCCACACCUCCAAGCACCUUCGCAGUUCUCAAGGACUUGCAUUUCUCCAAGCAGCUCUCUCUCUUUGGAGGAGAGGAAACCUGGCACAGACUAUUCCUUAUAAACUACAAACUUGCACACUGCUUCUCCUUCGAAAGAACUCUUUUCCCCUAUGUUGGACAAGGCAUUAAGAAGGAUAGAGGACUUCAGCAGGCUGACUCUACACUUCAUCAUGCACCACAUCGGCAUCAGCAAAAAAAAAAAAAAAACCCAAACAAACAAAAAAACCCUCUGAAAAACCUCAGACUUGCAGUUCACCUUGUCUGCAUACUGCAUGCACCACCACCACCAGUUUUUAAAGGAGGACAUUUUCAGUACUUCAGAUUUGUAUGGGAUGAAUAACAUGAUAGACUGUACCCAUUUUGUUCAAGUUUGUAUGUAUGCUGGUCUUAUUUCCCUUAAAAUUACCACUGCAAAAGCGAGAACCUACCAAAAUUAAGAACCUCUUGUUGAUAUCAUUGACAUUGUAAUCUUUUUAUUACUUGCUGUAUGUUAGACUUAAGAGUGUAAACAUUGUCUAGUAGUAGGGAGAUUCAAUCCUUUUAUGCAGAUAGUUGGAACUGAGCAGUGCAAUACCAUUAAGUCCCCUCAGCUAUACCUAAGUAAUAAAGUAGGGAGAUUCAUAAUUGGUACAGGCAUACUGUCUCUUAAAUACUCAGCUGUAAAAACUCUCAGAGCUUAACUCAUGUCAGUGGAAACUAUGAUUAUAUAUGUACAGUCAAACUGCUGUCUAACCUAACUCCUGUAAAGUGUUUAUUUAAAAAUAACCAAAAAUCUGUAACUAUUGAGUGCAGUGUUCAGUAACCUAUGUACAAUAAUGUGUUCAAUGUAAAGUUAGAAAAGUGAAGACAAUGUGACCAAGAUAGAGUAUCUACUUACCAAAGGCUGCAUGAGAACCAGGGUUUUGGCUGUCUCAAGAGAUUUGCACUUUCAGAGUAAUUCUGCAGAGACACUGGGCUUGUGGAACUGUUGUACAACUAAAAACUUAGGCUUUGGCUUUUCAAAAUGAAGUUCUUGUAAAAAGUUAACAAGGGAGCUACAGUAUUGGUUUCAGCUUGUAGAUUAUUCAUAUUUGGAUUCAAAUUUUUUCUCAAAUUCUGGAGUCAAAGAAAAGGGAUUCUGAAGGAACUCAAGGACAAGAAAAAAAUCUAAAGAUUUGAAUUUGAAAAAUUAAAAGGAUUCAUUUGUCCCUUGUAUCUUUUGAUGAUUGCAGUGUUUGGAGGCUGACUUGUAACACUGUGCAUCUAAUUAUAUUAUGUAAUUGGUUUGCAGAUAGGUAUGACUGUAUGAACUAAAAUUUCCCCAAACUAGAGCAAACAGUGGAAAAUGAAAACUUAGGGUAGGUGUGGCUUGCUCUUUCUCAGGAACUCUACUCUUGUUUUUCAGUUGUUACUGUCUCUAAUCUCUAUACAUCACUCUACUUCACAUAAGAGAAAAAAUAUUAGUCUUACAUGAUAUAUAUACAUAUAUAUAUAUAUCAUUACAUAUUGUAUGUAGCAUGAUUUUUCACUUACUGUGAUCCACAUCCAUUUAUCUAGACAAUGGGAAUAUAAAUUGUUGAGUGAAUAGUGUAAUAUACUUGAGAAAACAGGCAUCUGCAGCAGUUCAGCCUGCAAAGUAAUCCAGGAGUUGGGGUUUUCUUUGAGAGGAAGAGUUUAUGUAUUUGUCCUUCAAUUUACUCUUGCA